AGUUUCUUUUUAUUUAUCUGACUAUUCCGAUUCUUUUCGCUCUGUUCUAGGGAUUUUAGGUGAUAUUUUCGACGGUGUCUUUUCAACUGAUCAACGCCUCACUGUCGUCUUUUCAAUUUGCUUCACUCCACUGGUGGUGACCGGUGUCGGACGCAGUUGUUAGUGACGUUGGACACCGGCGACAAGCGGGGGAGGGGAAAUUUUGCAACCGAUCGGCGUUUCCAGUUCGGUAACUCACCCGGCGUGGCGUUUCUAUUUAGGCGUUUGUUGCGGAGGACGAAGGACGAAAGGCGGGGCUUCUCUGGUGGCUCGUCAGUUUCCAGCGUUCUAGUUCCACGACAACCGUUGCGAAGGUCGAACGACGGUAAGCUUUACUGGUGCGUGGGCGACGGUACGGUCGGCGGUGGUGUUGCAUGUAUCCCGUUGUUUGUGGGCUGCAAUCUAAGCGUGGAUCAAUGGCGGAAGACGGUGAUUGUCAUCGACGGCGUCGUGGCUCCGGUCCGGCAUCGGAGGUUUCGGUUCCAGCCAAAAGGCAGCGGGGGGCACCUUCAGUGCGGUGUCUGUCUCAGCUUGAGAACGCUGAUGAGGAUUUUGUUGAUGUUCCUAAUGUUGUUAGGGGUGAGGUUCGCCGAGAUCCUUUGCCCGAUGCUCCGGAUGUUGGGUUAACUGCAGAACAACAAGCUGCAUUUCCUACUUUUACAGUUCGAGUUUCUCAUUCCUUUUUGGUAGAUGCGUUGGAGGAUCUCACCUCACGUCAGAGGAAGGAUAUUAUUGCACUCGGGUUUAGUAGUCUCCUCGAUUUAAAGUUUUCAAAGUUGCCUACUAGGUUGGGUCGUUGGUUGUUAGCGAAUUUUGAUCCAACUAAUAUGUGUAUUAAUUUGGGGGAGGGUGAGGUCUUGCCAAUCACAGAGGAAGACGUUACUUUGAUUAUGGGUUUCCCGCGGGGUCGUGAUGUUAUAUAUCGGCGGGAUCGGUAUGCGAAGAGUAAGUUAUUGGCUGCUUGGCUUAGCAAGUUUGGCAAAACUCAUUAUGAUGUCAAACUAUCUGAGGUUUCAGACUUUAUUCGGAAUGAUCUGGAUUGUGGUGAGUGGUUUCAACGACAUUUUAUGAUGUUGAUGAUUUCAACUUUGAUUUCCUGUAUGGGCAACGAAUAUUGCAACCAGGCUGUGUUCCAUCACCUAGAUGAUGUUGAAGCUAUUCCGAAUUUGAACUGGUCGAGGUUUCUACUCGAGGAGUUGGUUUCUACUCAUGCGGUGUGGCGGGCGGGGUCUAAUCCCCGAUUUACGGGUCUUAUUAUUUUUUUAAUUUUGUUGUAUUUUGAUCGCGUUUGGGCCACCGUUCGAGUAUUGACAAGGUCAAUACCAACAUUUCGGGGAUUAACAUGGCAGAUGCUUAGUGAUAGACAGUCUACAGAGAUCCGGUCCGGUGGUUUUGGGACUGGUGUGAUUGAGUGUCUGUUUCGCGUGCAGCAUGGCGUAGUGCCUGAUGUGGACCCUGAGGUUGCUGAUGUUGAAGCCGAUUUGCGUGGUUCUCGUCGCGUUUCGCCUGUACCGUCUUCACCGGUUGUUCGUCCACAGAAGUCACUAGUUGAACGGUUGGCUGAUACGACGGGCGAGAUUGCUAGGAGUAUACUUACACUUGUCCAGCUAGUAAAUGAGGCAAAUGCGGGAUCGGGGGUUGAUGUUAAUUUUCAAUAGGUGCUAGGUGCUGCUCAAGUUCUUAUUGGGGUGAAGCCCCAAGUGUCCGUUCCUCAGUCCACUGCUCAACCUUGUUCCCAGCCAACCUUUACUCAAUAUGAUGAUGAGUUUUGGGGAAAUCCUGACAACAUUCGUGCGUUGGCUGAGGUUGAGCGUGCUAUCACUGAGAGGACUAACCUCAACGAUGUCCCCUCUUUUAGCCUUGGACUUACCCAGGAUUUUGGGAACGGUGUGUGGGAAUGUGUGUCUGAGAUUACUCGUGGGAUUAAUCAAGUAAUACCAUAUCUU